AUGGACUCGCACCCGCAAGACUCGGCGUCGCCUGCGUCGUCAAGCCGAGCAGCCGCCGUCGCCACCCUGAGGCGAGCGGCGUCCAACCGCGGCUCGCCCGCGACGUCGCGCACCCCGUCGCCGACCGUGUCGCGCUCGCCGUCGCUCUCGGUCAAGGACCGCCGCCGCUCUCGCUCCAUCGGCGCCCUGUCGGGCCCAUUCCCCUCGGCCCACGACAACGGCGACGACACUUCCCUCUUCCCUCCCCCUCUCCCCGACUUUCCCGCGUCGUCGGCCUCGUCCCUCGAGCGCACCGCCUCGCUCCUCGCCCGCCAACUCGCCAUGGCCCGCCUCACGGGCACGGCUCCGCCGCCCGUCCCGGCCACCCUCCUCGGCAACGACGAGCCCCUCCCGACCCUCGCCGAGCUGCAGCACCGCGCACGCGCAAAACUCGCCGCCGCCUCGGCCGCCUCGGCCGCGUCGGGCUCGAGCGGCACGGCGGCCCUCGCGCGCAGCGGCACCCUCCUCCACGCGCCCCCGCCGCCCUUGUCGGCAAUGCCUGCGCCCCUGCGCCGCAACAACACGGUGACGGGCGUCGGCACCGCCUUGCUCGAGCACGAGCUCGUCCUCGCCGCGUCCGCGCUUGCGCCCGGCUCUGCGCCUCGUCCUGCGCCACCGCCAGCGAGCGCCGACGCAGGCGACGAACGUGCCGCAGCGCGCGUCAACCUCAUGCGCAAGCUGUCGGCGCGCAAGCUCGCCGGGCCGACGGUGCCGCGAGGAGCAGGUCCCGGCCGGCCAGCGCUCGAUGUCGUCGGCGUCAUCGGGCGUGCGAGGCCGAGGAGCGCGAGCGUGA